AUGGCGGUGAGAUUUGUCACGCGUCGCUUCAUAGGAGAGUACGACCCCACACUGGAGAGAAUCUACAGCGUGCGCACGGAGUUUAGCAACGAACCGAUCACGUUCGACAUCCUGGACACAGCGGGGCAGGAAGCCGAAAGCUCUGACCUGCACCUACAGGAGAACAUCCGUUGGGCCGACGCCUACGUUCUCGUCUACUCCGUCACGGACAAGUGCAGCUUCGACGAGUGCACGCGUCUCAAGUUCCUCAUCACGCACAUGCGUCGCCGACGCAAGCUCAGCUACGGCCACGCCGUCGUCCACCCGGUCGUCCUCGUCGGCAACAAGAGCGACCAGGUCGGCGACCGCAUGGUCGGCUACGAGGACGGCCGCCGACGCUCCGUCGAGCUCGGCUGCAACUCGUUCCACGAGAUCUCCGUGCGCGAAUCAGGCGACGACGUGCGCGCCGUCUUCGCCGACGUCUACGAGCACUGGCGGGGUGGCAAGCGCACGGUGCGCAUCUCUCGCGCCAACACCGUCGAGGAGCCGCCGACGCGCGCCAGCGUUACAGGCCUGCUAGCCAGCUUCCGCAGCAAGCAGACGACGGCGGCGUCGCCGACGCCAGCCGACGGUGCGAGGCUGGCGAGCGGCCUCCCUCGCGCUCGCCUCAACUCCAGCGUCGCCCACGCGCUGCCGCGGAAUGGCGACACGCAGCCGGCGGCGACGUCAGUGGCGUCGCCACGGCGACGCAUGAGCGUCAGUUUGCAGGGAACGUCCGACGGAGCUGACGCUUGA